UUUCAGUAGCUAUAAAACACCCUCAUCCGGCCAUGGCAGCGGCGUGCAAUUCCACUCUCGCCUUCUGCCCUCCAUCCCUUCGUCCUCAACGACUCACGCCAUGAACGGCAAGCAGCACCCGCACCAUGGCGGCCAUGGCAGGACUGCCUUCCACUUCCAGCCUGCCAAGAACUGGAUGAACGAUCCAAACGGGCCUUUGUACCACAACGGCAUGUACCACUUCUUCUACCAGUACAACCCGCAUGACCCGUUGUUUGGCGCCGGCAAGCUCUCCUGGGGCCACUCCGUCUCCGGCGACCUCGUCAACUGGGCCUUCCUCGGCACCGCGCUCGAUCCGACGUCCUCCUUCGACGUCGGGGGCUGCUGGUCGGGGUCGACCACCGCGAUGCCCGACGGCCGCCUCGCCAUCCUCUACACCGGACGCGACGCCAACGAGCUGCAGGUGCAGAACGUAGCCUUCGCCAAGAACCCGUCGGACCUGCUCCUCCGUGAGUGGGACAAGCCCAGCUUCAACCCGAUCAUCCCGCAGCCGGCGGACGUGACGGGCAACAACUUCCGCGACCCCACCACGGCGUGGCUCGGCCGCGACGGCCUUUGGAGGUUCGCCAUCGCCGCCGAGGUUGACGGCGUUGGCUCCACCGUGAUCUACCGAAGCGCGGACUUCGUCAACUGGGAGCGGAACGCCCUGCCGCUGCACGCCUCGUCGGGCAUCCCCUGCUGGGAGUGCCCCGAUUUCUUUCCCGUGGCGGAGCACGGCACGGAGGGGCUGGACACGUCGGCGAGCGGCGCCGGGGUGAGGCACGUGCUCAAGCUCAGCAAGGCCGCCGACGAGGACUACUACGCGGUCGGGCGGUACGAUGACGAGGCCGACACGUUUGUGCUGGUGGAGGACGGCGAGCAGGCCGACGUCCGGAACUGGCGCCGGAUCGACCACGGGCACCUGUUCGCGGCCAAGUCGUUCUUCGACGCGCGCAGGAAACGGCGCGUGCUCUGGGCGUGGGUCGACGAGAUGGACAGCCGCUCCGACGACUUCGCCAAGGGCUGGACCGGCAUUCAGUCGUUCCCGAGAGCCCUGUGGCUGGACACCGACGGGAAGCAGUUGGUGCAGUGGCCGGUGGAGGAGAUCGAGACGCUGCGGAGGAAACAAGUCACCCUGCUGGGCGCGGUGGUGGGCUCUGGCGGGCUGCACGAGAUCGCCGGCAUUGAGACCCUGCAGGCGGACGUGGAGGUGGUGUUCGAGAUCCCGAACCUGAAGGAAGCCGAGCAGCUCGACCCCAAGUGGCUGCAAGAUCCCCAGAAGUUGUGCGCAGAGAAGGGCGCCACCGUGCAGGGCGGCGUCGGGCCGUUCGGGCUGAUCGUGAUGGCGUCCGGCGACAUGCGGGAGCAGACCACCAUCUUCUUCAGAGUGUUCAAGCACGACGACGCGUACAAGGUUCUCAUGUGCACCGACCUGACAAGGUCAUCGACAAAAGAGGGAGUGCACAAACCGAUUUAUGCAGGCUUUGUGGACAUGGAUGUGGAGAAAGACAAGAGCAUAUCGCUGAGAACACUGAUUGACCACUCUGUCAUUGAGAGCUUCGGAGGUGGGGGCCGGACUUGCAUCACGGCUCGAGUGUACCCUGAACACGCCGCAACAGGCAGCAGCCACCUGUAUGUGUUCAACAAUGGAUUGGACGCGGUGAAGGUGUCCAAGCUCGAGGCCUGGGAGCUUGCCACGGCGAGCGUCAAUGUUGAAGAUGACGGCCUGGUUGCACUGCUGCCGCCGUUGGCUGUUCCAAUCCUAUCGGAUGACGCUGAAUGGGUGCAUCAUCAACCAUCAUCAUGUGGAGUGAAGCAUGAUUUCGAAUAAAGAUGUAGUUUGUUCCAAUGUGGUUGUGCUUCAGAUGGAUUGUCCUUGGUCAUUAUGACCUAAUAAGAUCAUUAUUUGUGGUCGCAUGCUGAAAGAUGUAGCUUUGGUUGAGUAAA